AAACCUGUCUCGGCUGGGCGGGGAGCGGAGCUUCCUCCUCAGAGUGUGGUGCGGCAUAGACGGCUUUGUCCUUCCGCCCCUGCCUCCUCGGCGCCUGGGCGAGCGAGGGGGCGAGCGGAAGGUGCGCUGGAGCCGAGGCCCGCGAUGCGCCCGGGGGGACCAGCACAAGUCGCGGGGUCGCCGGCGUCCGACGGGUCGCUGUGCGGGGAGCUGCUGCAGGCCCCGCCGCCCCCGGCCUUGCAGCCGUCUCCGGCCGCGCCCUCGGGGCUGCCGCUCCCCGCUUCGUUUGGCGCGACCCUCAACCGCCUUCCGGAGCCGCUGCUGCGGAGACUCAGCGGGAGCCUGGACCGAGCGCCCGAGGGCCGGGGCUGGAGGAGGCUGGCCGAGGUGGCGGGGAGUCGGGGGCGCCUCCGGCUCAGUUGCCUGGACUUGGAGCAGUGUUCUCUUAAGGUCUUGGAGCCUGAAGGAAGUCCAAGCUUAUGUUUACUGAAGCUGUUGGGUGAGAAAGGUUGUACGGUCAUGGAACUGAGUGACUUCCUGCAAACUAUGGAGCACACAGAGGUUCUUCUGCUUCUUAGCCCCCCAGGCAUAAAGAUCACCGUCAACCCAGAGUCAAAGGCAGUGUUGGCUGGACAGUUUGUGAAACUGUGUUGCCGGGCAACUGGACAUCCCUUUGUACAAUAUCAAUGGUUUAAAAUGAAUAAAGAGAUCCCAAACGGAAAUGCAUCAGAACUUAUUUUUAACACAGUGCAUGUAAAAGAUGCAGGCUUUUAUGUCUGUCGAGUUAAUAAUAAUUUCACCUUUGAAUUCAGCCAGUGGUCACAGCUGGAUGUUUGUGAUGUCACUGAAGUAACAGAAAGCUUCCAGGGAAGUGUGGAUGGCAUCUCUGAACCCAAGUUGCAAAUCUGCGUUGAACCAAGGUCCCAAAAGCUGAUGCUUGGUAGCACAUUGGUCUUACAGUGUGUUGCUGUUGGAAGCCCUAUUCCUCACUACCAGUGGUUCAAAAAUGAAUCACCAUUAAUACAUGAGACAAAAAAGCUAUACAUGGUACCUUAUGUGGAUCUGGAACAUCAGGGAACCUACUGGUGUCAUGUUUAUAAUGACCGAGACAGUCAGGAUAGCAAGAAGGUAGAAAUCAUCAUAGAUGAAUUAAAUAAUCUUGGGCAUCCUGACAAUAAAGAGCAAACAACUGAUCAGCCUUUGGCAAAGGACAAGGUUGCUCUUUUGAUAGGAAAUAUGAAUUACUGGGAGCACCCCAAGCUUAAAGCUCCUUUGGUGGAUGUGUAUGAAUUGACCAAUUUGUUAAGACAACUAGAUUUCAAAGUUGUUUCACUGUUGGAUCUUACUGAAUAUGAGAUGCGAAAUGCUGUGGAUGAAUUUUUACUACUUUUAGACAAAGGAGUGUAUGGAUUAUUAUAUUAUGCAGGGCAUGGUUAUGAAAACUUUGGCAACAGCUUUAUGGUCCCUGUUGAUGCUCCAAAUCCAUAUAGGUCUGAAAACUGUCUAUGUGUACAAAAUAUACUGAAAUUGAUGCAAGAAAAAGAAACUGGACUUAAUGUGUUCUUGUUGGACAUGUGUAGGAAAAGAAAUGACUAUGAUGACACCAUCCCAAUCUUGGAUGCUCUAAAAGUCACCGCCAAUAUUGUGUUUGGAUAUGCCACGUGUCAAGGAGCAGAAGCUUUUGAAAUCCAGCAUUCUGGGUUGGCAAAUGGAAUUUUCAUGAAAUUUUUAAAAGAUAGAUUAUUAGAAGACAAGAAAAUUACUGUGUUACUGGAUGAAGUUGCAGAAGAUAUGGGUAAAUGUCACCUUACCAAAGGCAAACAGGCUCUAGAGAUUCGGAGUAGCUUGUCUGAAAAGAGAGCGCUUACUGACCCAAUUCAGGGAACAGCGUAUUCUGCGGAGUCUCUGGUACGGAAUCUGCAGUGGGCCAAAGCACAUGAACUCCCAGAAAGUAUGUGUCUUAAAUUCCAGUGCGGUGUUCAGAUUCAGCUGGGGUUUGCUGCCGAGUUCUCCAACGUCAUGGUAAUCUACACGAGCAUAGUCCACAAGCCACCCGACGUGCUGACGUGCGACGCCUACGUCACUGAUUUUCCUCUUGACUUAGAUAUUGAUCCAAAAGAUGCAAAUAAAGGGACGCCUGAAGAAACUGGCAGCUAUUUAGUAUCUAAGGAUCUUCCCAAGCAUUGCCUCUACACCAGGCUCAGUUCACUGCAAAAAUUAAAGGAACAUCUGAUCUUCACAGUCUGCCUGUCAUAUCAGUACUCAGGAUUGGAAGAUACCGUAGAGGAGAAGCAGGAGGUGAAUGUUGGGAAACCCCUCAUUGCCAAACUGGACAUUCACCGAGGUUUGGGCAGGAAGACUUGCUUCCAAACUUGUAUUAUGUGUAAUGGCCCUUACCAGAGCUCGGCAUCCACCUCAGCGGGAGCCGGCCAUUACCACUCAACUCAAGACUCAUUCCAUGGUGUUUACCAUUCGCAUCUUGGUAACUCCAGUAACGUCUUGCCGUCAGAUGGCUGUCACUGCAGCCGGAUGGCAGAUGCAUUUAUUUCAAGUCACCACACCCACCAUUAUCCAUGCCAGUUUGGUAGGAGCAACGUGCCGGUGGAGACAACUGAUGACAUGCCAUUCAGUCUCUCUGAGGGGCUCCGGAUUUCUGAAAAGUGACCUUGUUUUUGGAAGUUAUUGUAAUUUCUAGAAGCCUCGUAUGCAACAGUACUGACAUGAAGAGAGGCAUUAUGAAAAAGCAAAUACACGUAUUUGUACAGAGAGAAGUUUAGUAAUGGUAUUUCCUGGCAAACCCAGGACCUUGAGGUGUUGGAAUUAUAUUACCCACAGACUUCCUCCUUGUUCUAAGAGUUGGUGAAUUGGUUGAUUUGUUCUGUAAGAAUGAAGGAUGGAUAUGUAUAUGUUUAUAGCAAAAAUAUUUUCAUUUUGAGCACCCUGAAGUAAGUACAAUGGGAAUGGCAUUGUAAGUAAGUCACUUGUAUUUUUAGAAUCAGGAAAAAAAACCUUGGUGAUCAUCAGGCUUAACCUAGUUUCAUCAGUGGGAGAAACAGAUUGAGGCAUCUUGUUUACGUUAGAGCUGGCCCCAGAACUGAGACCUCCAGAUUUCUGUUCCAGUGUUUAUUCCACUACACACUGCCAUCCCGACAGGUUCUGAGAUAGGUAUUAUGUUUGUAGAUAGAUUUAAAGAUAAUAUGUAAAUAUGCAUGUCUGUAUAUAAUCUAGAAAUGUACAAACUUUAAUUUGUGAUUAUAGGACUUUACUGUGAGUGUCAGUUAAGAUGUUUGUAUAUACAUCUUAUGUAGAACAGGCUGAAGUUUCUUGUUCCUAAGGUCAUGAAGGCACAUGGAGAGGUGAUGAAAUAUUUGUCUCUGUUAGAGCAAGACAGCAGGAUAACUCUGCUACUGGAUGAUCUUGGCAGCUGGUGAUUGAAUCUUACAAACACUGGAUAUGUCUUCCUUGAUAACAUUUUCUUAAUGAAUUUUACUGGCCUUAAGAGAUAAUCUUACCACCUUUUGUCCUACCUAAAGCAAGUUAAAAAGGCAACUGCCAAUAACAAAAAUAUUGAAUUAGUAAUUUUAAAACGUUCUGCAAAGGAAAUACCAGGCCCAAAUGGCUUCACUGCUCUAUUCUACCAAACAUUUAAAGAAUUAGCACCAGUCCUUUGCAAACUCUCCUCAAAAAUGGAAGGAGAGAGAACACUUCCCAACUCAUUUUAUGAAGCCAGUAUUACCCUGAUACAAAACCAGGUGAAGACAUCACAAGAAAAAAAAGAUCAGUAUCUGUUAUGAAGAGACUCAAAAGCCAUCAACAAAAUACUAGCAAACUGAGUCUAG